AUGAGAACAUCGCAAGAAGAAAAAGAGCCGGCAAGCCCAGGUGCUCGUUUGAUGCAAGCGCCGGGCUUCAAUCUUUGCAUAUUAGCCGUCAUGGGUUUUAAGACAAAGAUUGACCUCGAGCUAUUCAGAGAGGAGAUAAGCCAAAAGCUAUCUAAGCAUGCUCGAUUUUCUAAAGAAGAAAUAAAAGAUCCCGCAAGCCCGGGAGCCCGCUUAAUGCAGGCACCGGGCUUCGACCUCUGCAUAUUAGCCGUCUUUGGUUAUAAAACGAAGAUCGAUCUCGACUUGUUUAAGGAGGAAAUAGGCCGAACACUAGCUAGACAUCCUCGAUUUUGCAGUUUGCUGAUUACCAAGAACAAAAUGUUUGGCACAUUUUCAUGGCAACGUACGAAUGUAGAUUUAAACAAACACAUCAUUGCCCCUAAAGUCAACCCCGACAUGGAAAACCCGGAUGACUUCAUAGACGACUACAUUUCGAGCCUUUCGAAAAGCCAGAUGAGCCACGACAAGCCUUUGUGGGAGGUUCACGUGCUCAACGUGAAAAACUCGGAUGCAAAUUCGACCGUAGUCUUCAAAAUCGACCAUUCUAUUGGCGAUGGCGUGUCCUUAAUUUCGCUCGUCAUGGCUUGUGCUCGGAAAAAACCCGAAUCUCGAUUUUUACCGCCCGUUGCAAAUAAGAAAGCACGUGAAGAAAAAGUCAACCCUAAAAAUAGUUUGCUGAAGAGAUUGUUUGUCUUGGUUUGGACAUUGAUUUUGCUUGUGUUCAACACUUUAGUCGACUCGUUGUUGUUUUUGGCGACCGUUUUGUUUUUGAAAGAUACAAAGACGGUUAUUAAAGCGACCGGUAAUGUGGAGUUGUGUCCGAGGAGAUUCGUGUGGAGGGUUAUUAGCCUUGACGAUAUUAAGCUCGUCAAGAAUGCUAUGAAUGUGAGCAUUAACGACGUUGUGCUUGGAGUCACGGAAGCUGGCCUCAGCCGUUAUCUCAGCAGGAGAUACGAAAAACACGACGAAAGUGGUAUGAAGAUAACCAAGAAAGGUUCCGGUUCUCUUCCCAAAAACAUCCGUCUUAGGUCAGCUUGCAUUUUCAACCUCAGGCCGUGUGCAAAACUCGAGGAUUUGGCCGAGAUGAUGGAAAAGGAGAAGCUAUUGAAAGGAAUGUGGGGCAAUUUAGUCGGCAUUGUUGUGCUUCCUCUAACCAUUGCCCUUGAAAACGAUCCCUUAGCCCACAUACGAAGGGCUAAAUCGACUAUGGAUCAAAAGAAACUAUCACUCGGCCACAAAGUCGCGUUUGGGGUCAUGAAGCUAAUGAUGUUUUUGUUCGGAAGCAAAGUGGCGGCUGGCGUGUCGACUAGAGUUUUCCGGAACACGACGUUAUCCUUCUCGAAUGUGGUGGGCCCACAAGAGGAGAUCAAUGUGUUUGGUCAUCCCUUGGCAUAUAUUGCCCCUUCUGUUUUUGGUUAUCCUCAGGGACUGGUGAUACAUUACCAAAGCUACGCCGAUCGGCUCGUGAUAGUCUUAGGUGCUGACGAGGCGCUGUACCCUAAUCCUCGUCAACUAUGUGAUGAUUUGGUUAGGUCUUUCGAGAUUAUGAAAGAAGCAGUGAUGAAAAAAGGGCUGUCCCCCUUUCUCAUUUACUACACCAAGGUCCAAAGAAGACCAGACACAUUAUACUUCCGACCCAAAAACGAAAAAUCGACAAGUAUGUUCGUCAAAGUUUGGAUAGCAAUCGUGAUGGUUUUCAACACAUUCACCGGUCUCAUGAGGGCUUUCGCGACACUAAUUUUUUUGAAAGAUGAGAAGAUUAUUCCAAUUAAUCGCGAAAGAGGGAAGGAGAACUCUUCCAAGAGAUUCGUGCAUCGGAUCGUUGAUUUUGAUGAUAUCAAGCUCGUCAAAACGGCUACGAAUGCGGCAUCAGCUUCUAUUCUCAAGAGAAUCUCCUUGAACACAACUUUGUUUUUGUCAAAUAUGAUGGGUCCAAGGGAAGAGAUCACUCCAUUUGGCCACCCCUUGUGUUAUAUUGCUCCCAUUGUUUCUGGGUUUUCUCAAGCAUUGUUCAUCACUUUCCAGAGCUAUGCUAAUAAGUUUAUAAUCUCCAUAGCUGCUGAUGAAAAUUUGGUUCCAAAUCCCCAUCAGCUAUGUGAUGACAUGUUACAGUCUCUUCAAGAUAUGAAAGAUUGUGUGCAAAAGUCAGCUUAUGCGGCGGAGAAGAGGAGGAAAGAAGCGAAAGCUGAGGCGACGGUCAAGGCGGCGGCGGCGGCGCCACCUGCACCGGCAGUAAAAAAGGAGGAGGUUGUGAAGGAAGUGGUUAAGGAGAAGAAGGAAAGCGAGAGUAAAGCGAAAGUGGACGAGAAGGGGCGUCGAGCUCCAAACAAGAUUAAUGGACUUGACCUAGAUACUCACUCUUGGGGUCAGUCUUUGCAAGAGGUUAACGUUGUUGUUCCUGUACCUCCUGGAACAAAGUCGAGAUCCAUUGCAUAUGAGAUUAAGAAAAAUCAUCUCAAAAUUGGGCUCAAAGGCCAGCCUCCGAUUAUUGAUGGGGAGCUUUUCCAGCCCGUCAAGGUUGAUGACUGCUUUUGGAGUUUGGAGGACCAGAAAUCAAUCUCCAUUCUCUUGACAAAACAAAACCAGAUGGAAUGGUGGAAAUGCUUGGUGAAGGGUGAUCCAGAGGUCGACACUCAAAAAGUCGAACCGGCAAACAGCAAAUUGGCCGAUUUAGACCCCGAAACCCGUUCUACUGUUGAGAAGAUGAUGUUUGAUCAAAGGCAGAAGCAGAUGGGACUCCCUACAAGUGACGAUAUGAAGAAACAGGAAAUAUUGAAGAAGUUCAUGGCAGAGCAUCCGGAGAUGGAUUUUUCGGGGGCCAAGAUGAGCUAAGGAGGGAGUGGGGCUUAUAUCAAGAGUCGAUAGAAUACGUAGGUUGAAUGAAAAUUGCUAGGCAUGCAGGACUUAUGCUCCAGUUUCACCGGUUUUUGUCUUUAAGAAAAUGCCGUUUUUGCUCGAGUUUUUUCGGGUUUAGAUUCUGAAGGAACUGGGUGUGGAAAUCAUUUGUGUUGUGUAGAUACUUAUUAAUUUCCUUUUAUGUUGCUUGGAUUAAGACAUCAUGGGUGUUUUGUGUUUAUUUUAUUGCAUUAGUACUAUUUUUCAGGACAGUGGAGGCUUAUCAUCACCAUGGGAACAAAAUCCGUUCCGUUGCUUGACACAUUUUUUUUUUUACCUGGUUGACCCUCUCAGUGGGGCAUUAGGGGCAAAUUGUUUUUAACAGUUGGUAAAAAAAAAAUAGAAAUUCUUUAUGUUGAUUCUUUACAUAUUUUGGUGACUGUUGUCAUUAUGACAGUUGGAUCUACG